CAAAUAAUAAACUAAAACUUCAAAGCGUGUCAUAUUUGUUACAUACUUGCGGGACUUUUAUUUUGAAAAUCUCGCUCAGCUGUUUUGUUCGGCUGCCGAGUUUUCCGGCUUCACCGCGCUACUUUGACGCAUCUGAAAGUGCAGAAUGAAGCUCAGGGUAAGAAUCAACAAACAGACCAGCAGACUGGAGCUGGACGGACCAGAACCGAUGCUGUCCGAGCUCAGUGCCCGGAUCAGAGACACCCUGCUGCCUCAGUGCGGGCUGGGAUCUGAUGUGGAGUUCAGUCUGUCUCUAAACGGGAAGGAGGUUCUGGUGGACACAGGACAGACACUCUCCUCCUGUGGGGUUGUUUCUGGCGAUAUGAUCACUGUAAUUUUGCCCCAGCAAAUUCAAACUGCCCCAGAAACCCUGAGCAGUGCAGGAGCCGUCCAGACAAACACACCCCCAUCCAGUGAGGAGGCUAAACCAAGCGGUGGCAGUGGAGCAGACAGCAGCAGUGUGGGUGAUUCUGGGAUAGAAGAGUGGAUAGAGGAUGAGGAGGGUGUGUCGACCUUCGCUCCGCCGCCGCUGCUGUGCUGUGAGACGGAGGAUGGAGUGAUUCCUCACGCGCUGGAGCGGCUGCUGGACUCAUCAAACUGCCGAAACCCAUCCGACUGUCUGAUGCUGGCAACGCAUCUGCUGCUGUUGGAGACCGGCUUCCUGCCACAGGGUUGUAAUGUGAACUCAGGCGAGAUGCCGAUUGGCUGGCGGGCAGCAGGGGGCGUGUACAGACUUCAGUAUUCCCACCCACUUCUGGAGAACAACCUGGUGUCAGUGGUCGCCGUGCCAAUGGGCCGAACGCUCGUCAUUAAUGCUGUUCUGAAGAUGGACAAGACUAUGGAGAAUUCGCGAAAGCUGGUGCUGAAACCAGAUGAUUAUGUGACAGCUGAUUUGGCAGGGGGAAGCACAGGCGUCGUCUACACAGACUUGUGCAAACUGUCUCGUCUCUUUAAAGAUCAGCUGGUGUAUCCACUCAUGGCUGCUGCCAGACAGGCGCUGGGUCUGCCAGCUCUCUUCGGUCUGCCUGUUCUACCUCCUGAGCUGCUGUUGCGUGUGUUACGACUGCUGGACGCCGCCUCUCUCGUCUCGCUGUCUGCCGUGUGCCGAGACCUGAACAAUGCUACACAUGAUCCUUCACUCUGGAGACACCUGGUGCACAGAGAUUUCAGAGUGUGUUUUCCUGCAGGAAAUCAACAGAGAGACACUGACUGGAAGGAGCUUUACAAAAAGAAGUAUAAACAGAGGAAGGAGAAUGAACGCAGGGGCAGAUGCCGUUUUUAUCCGUCCCACGUGCCUCCGAUUUUCCCUCUCACCCCCAUCCCGUCCGCUCCGGUUCCCCUUCCUCUCUACCCUCCCGGCAUCAUCGGCGGAGAUUACGAUCAGGCGCCCGUCAUCCUGCCCCGUCCACGCUUCGACCCCAUUGGCCCACUCCCGGGUCAUCUGCCAGGAAUGGGCGUUCCCAUUGGCCGACGGAGUCUGAGGCCGGGAGGAAAUCGACCAGCGGACAUCAGGAGAGGUUUCAUUUGAACUUGAGCUUCAGCACUUUAAACGCUUAUUUUUCCAAACAGGUAGAGAUAAAAUUAUUUUGAUGGUCUUAUGUUUUUGUUCUUCAUUAAUUGAAGCAUUCCUGGGACAUUCAGACACACAAACACACCAUGACAUUUGAAAUUAAUUCAUUAAAGGACUAAUUCACUCAGAAAUUACAAAGACAUUAGAAAUGAUGCAUUGGAGCCAAAUGUGGUGAAGGCACAAAAACACUCAAUAAAAAGUUAAAAAAAAAU